AUGGUCGGAUCGGACAAAAUGGAGGUCAGAAAAGCAAUGACAGUGUCCAACCUUUGGAUGACGAUUCUGCUGAUUGCAGCAACUCUGCUUCCGUCCACAACUGGCUUCCAAUUGCCACCAAAGCAUGCGCUGCGAACUUCCAGCACUACUUGUCGGCUGCCUGCACCAAUAACAAUACUCCAGAAACCCCACACCAGCACGGUUGCCUUAUUUUCCCAAAACGACGACUACUCGAGAGAUGUGCGACUACGAGAAGAAGCGGAAUCUCCCUUUCGUCGCGUUCGAUUCUUUCUCUAUGCCGUUUUGGGUGGCGGUGCCGUGACAUCGUUGUUCCUCAGUCUGGCCAGGAUUGCCGCGGCAUCCUCGGGCGUCAACACGGAUUUGAUGCAAGAAUCCGUCGUCAAUGCGGGGGUGGAUUUGGCGGGAAUUGUGGUUCUUACAUUUUUGUUUCAACGUGAUGUCCAAGCGCAAGACUCACGGUUGAAACGCGCCACCAAAGGCGCGUCUCUGGCCAAGCUGGCCAUUCGAGUCCAUAAAGGCCUUUCGGAUCCCCUCUUGUGGGAAGACAACGACAAUAACAACGACAAUCCAAAAGCAUCGUACACCAGUCUGACAUUGGCCGAUUUGCGCCGCAACCGAGGCAUUGAAAAGCGCGUGGUCAUUGCCGCUGCCGGACCCGACAAAAUGGAUCAAGUCUUGGCCGAAGCACGAUCGGUGGGAGACGCCUUGGAAGAAAAUGAUCUGGUCAUUGUCCCCGUAGUGUUGCCCUUGGCGACGGCACCCGCUGCAGACAAUUUGCCACAUUGUGUGGCAUUGCCUGUGGGUACAUCGGCCUGGAAGGCCGUCUUGGACGAUGAAACCCAAGAAGCCCGGAGUCAAGGUGUGGACAUUGAAGCGGAAGGAAUUUGUGUCAUUCUCAAGAAGAAUGGACGUGUGGGUCAGCGUACUCGAGGUAUCUUCUUGGAACGAAUGGUGGGGGAAGUGGAGGAACGAAGAGAAAUGGGAAUGGAUGUGACGAAUAUUUAGUCAGGAAAUAUAAUUGGUG